AUGGUUCGCAACAUCAUUGUCCUUGGUGGAAACACCCACCCAGAGCUGAUUGACAGUGUCUGCAACAAUCUUGGCCUCAACGCCUGCGAGCGCGUUCUCAGCAAGUUCUCGGUUGGCGAGUCUCGCUGUGAGAUCAAGGACUCAGUGCGCGGUAAGGAUGUCUUUAUCAUCCAGACCGCCUCUGGCUCCGUCAACGACGGCUUCAUGGACUUGUGCAUCAUGAUCUCGGCUUGCAAGACUGGUUCCGCUAAGAGAGUUACCGCUGUCAUGCCUUUGUUCCCCUACUCCAGACAACCCGAUGUUCCCUACAAGAAGGCCGGCGCUCCUCUCUCGAAAUCCUCAGAAACCUCCCAGAACGGCUACACCUUCGAGAGUGUUCCCGCCACUCCCGGCCCUGGCAUUGCGCGCACUGCUGGCCUUCCCAACGGCAUCGACGGCAUUGCCUCCAAGCUCGCCAAGAGCAAGCUCAACGAGGAGAGAACCAACGGAGUCAACGGCGACUACUUCAAGACCCCCAACGGCGAGAACAAGACCAACGGCCGCGGCCACCACGAUUCGAUCUCCUCCCAGGUCAAGUUCACCACCCACGACUACGAGAACCAGAGCCAGAUCAACGGCUUCCAGUCGAAGCCUGGAUACAAACAAUGGGUUGCCCAAGCCGGCACUCUGGUCGCAGACCUUCUGACCUGCGCUGGUGCGGACCAUGUGAUCACGAUGGAUCUUCACGAUCCUCAGUACCAGGGCUUCUUCGAUGUCCCAGUGGACAACCUGUACGGCAAGCCCCUCCUGAAGAGAUACAUCCAGCAGAACAUUCCCAACUUCAAGGAUGCCGUUGUCAUCUCGCCCGACGCUGGUGGCGCCAAGCGUGCUACUGCCAUCGCAGAUGAGCUGGACAUGGCCUUUGCCCUGAUCCACAAGGAGCGUCGGCCUACCAAGUACAGCGAGCAGCGCAAUGCCAGCAUGAUGCUGGUCGGUGAUGUCAAGGACAAGGUCUGCAUCCUCGUUGACGAUCUCGUCGACACCGGCAACACCAUUACGAGAGCCGCCAAGUUGCUCAAGAAGAACGGUGCUACUCACAUCUACGCUCUUUUGACGCAUGGCAUUCUCAGCGGCGACGCCAUCCCGCGCAUCAACGCUUCUGCCAUCGACAAGAUCAUCGUGACCAACACCGUUCCCCAGGGAGAGCACAUGAAGGUGUGCCCCAAGCUUGGCUACCUGGACGUCUCCCCCGUUUUCGCGGAGGCUAUUCGUCGUGUCCACCACGGCGAGUCGAUCAGCGUCCUUUUCCAGCACAACUAA